UCCCCGUGAAGGGUUUCGAGGGCGCUCCGGCCCCUCCGGCGUCCAGCAGCGGGAGCGAAUCGGACGGGACCGUGUGUAUCGUCCUUCUACCCCCGUUCUGUGUCCUGAGCAUGGCUUGAUUGUGCUUUCCUUUGAGUGUGCAGAUGUGUGGCAAGAGAUCUACAGGAUGUAUGAUAUGGACAAAGGGAGAAGUUUCAGCUGUGGUCCAGGUGCAGCUGGUCUUGUGAGAUGAUGUUCCAUGUCAUUGGCUGGGAGGUGGGCUCUUCAGAGGUGGAAGCAGGAGAGCUGACGCGAGAGAUAAAUUUUGUGAUUUGCCUCACGUAGAAAAUGGACGGAUUGCCCCCUAUUAUUACAGUUUUAAAGGCUACUAUUUCCCUAUGCGUAAAGGAAAAAACCUUUCCUAUUCUUGUGCGGCCGGUUAUACGACUGAAACUGGGACUCAAGAAGGAAGAAUAACUUGUACGGUAAAAGGAUGGUCUCCAGUGCCACAGUGCUACAAAAAAUGUACUAAGCCUCUUCUGGAACAUGGCAUUUUUUAUGGUACAGAAACUUACUUCAAAAUACAUGAGAAACUACAGUACAAAUGUAAUCAAGGCUACCACGCUCCCAGUGGUGGUACUGAAGAUACGCUGCAAUGUCAGUCAGACGGAUGGUCUUCCCAGGCAACCUGUACGAAGAAAGUUGAAUCAUGCCAAGUACCAGAGUUACAUCAUGGCAGCUACUUCACAACCCAGCGAGAGCUCCAAGUGAAUGAAGCUCUGCUAUAUAAAUGUGAUGAGGGAUACCACACUGCAGGAGGAAACGCUACAGAAGCAGCAGUUUGUCUCCCGCACGGAUGGUCCCUUACUCCAAAGUGCUCAAAAAAAACCUGCCCCUCUUUGGGUGCAAUAGAACAUGGAGGUUUCUAUCCAGUGAAGAAAAUCUAUGAAGAAGGAGAUGUUGUUCAUUUUUUCUGUGAGGAAAAUUACUCUUUCCGUGAAUUUGAUCUGAUUCAGUGUUAUUACUUUGGCUGGUAUCCGGAUCCUCCGGUGUGUGAAGAUGUAAGAAAUAAAUGUCCUCCGCCACCACUGCCUCCUCACGCCCGUAUCAGCGCAGACAGAAGAACAUAUCACAGCGGUGACAGAGUUCGCAUACAGUGUCAGAGUGAAUAUGAAAUAAGAGGAUCUGGGGAAAUCCAAUGUGAAAAAGGAAAAUGGACGUCACCCCCUAUAUGUCUGGGAUAUGUGGAUAAAAGGGAAUCUAAGACACCAGUACUCGAAGUAAAUGUGUCGAUAAGAGCAAGCGAAACGUAUCACAGUGAAGAAAUGAAAAUACAGCAAAACUGCACCUCUCCACCAGCGAUUAAAAAUGGUGUUCUUCUGGGCCCUUUAUUACCAAGUUACACAAAUGGUGACUCAGUUGAAUAUGGUUGCCAGCGUUACUAUAUUUUGGAUGGGCCCAGUACUAUUUACUGCGAACAAGGAAACUGGACAGAACAACCUACUUGCUUGGAUCCGUGCAUUCUUAAUGUAACUGAUAUGAACAGUAACAACAUAGAGUUGAAAUGGAGACAGGAAGAAUUAAUCUUUCUACAUGGUGAUCUCGUUGAGUUUGAAUGUAAGCAAGGAUACAAAUUUCUCCACACUACUGAGACAUCCCCUGGGAGGACUCGGUGCGACCGUGGAAGGCUGAAAUACCCCAAAUGUGUUUUUCAAGUGCCUGUGGAAAAAUGUGACUCUCCACCAUCUAUUGCAAAUGGAGCUCUUACUCUCCCACCUCUGACCCAGUAUGACAACGGUUCUUCAGUUCAGUAUAGUUGCUCUGAUUAUUACUUCUUGCAAGGAUCUGAGAGGAUUUAUUGUUCCGAGGGCCAGUGGACUUCACCGCCACUUUGUAUAGAGCCAUGCACUUUGUCAAAGGACGAAAUGGAAAAAAAUAACGUGCUUCUAGAAAGUUUUUACGAGAACCAAGUUUACUUUUACCAUGGGGAUUACAUUGGAUUUUACUGCAAACAGAACCAUUUUGGAGCAGAAUCUGGUGCAACUUUAUUUCAAGUCCAGUGCAAGAGAGGACAGUUACUGUAUCCAAGAUGUGUUGAAAGGAGAAAAUAAUUACAUAUGACUUAAAAAAAUAAUGUAUAGGAAAGGUAUGUAUGUUUUCUUUAUCUAGAAUUAACUAGAUAAAUGCCCUGUGGACUGAGGUCUGAGUAUGCAGCAACACAAAGCAAUAUGAACAGCCUGUGUGUGGAAAUCUUAGGAAGAAGAAUUCAGUGAGACUUACGGUGCUUCUGCCAGUGCAUCUGUGCAGGAGACUGUCAAAAGGAAUAUUUGUGUUCGUGGAACUUGGGUUGUAGUUGCUUUUUGUAGACAGGUGAUGAAUUUCUGUAGGUGAUGAAUUGUUUAUCACUGUAUUCAGCUUACCACUGCAUUUUCACUAGGACUGUUGUCAUAAUAUUGGUUGCUAUUAUUAACGUUGCUCAGAUAUUUUCAAGAUUUCUUCUCAUUCUGUUGCUGUCAUUGCAUUCAACGUUAUGCAUUUGUUUUUCUAAAAGACCUUCAGCUCUGGCUGAAGCUGGGGGGAAGGGAGGGGUCUCUCCUUUGACAACAAUAAAUGGCAGAUGAACGCCGUUUGCAAGGCUGGGAGAAUGAACACAUACAGUAAAUAAUAUGUGCUGCAGUAGCCUAUUGCUUUGCACUGAAAGUGCUGGCAGUGCUUUCCCUGUCAUCUGGAUAAGGUUUUGCAACAAGAGGCUUCACCAAAGUUGAAAAACAAACAAAUAAAUAAGCCCAACACGCACUUCUCAAUAUGAACAUUUAAAGUACACGGAGCACCAUCUCUUCCCCCAGGACUCUUCUCUGCCUUAUAUGACCCAUGGUCUGCUAACACAGAGACUGAGUGAAAGCACCACUGUCAAGUCUGUAUAUUAAAUAGCAUUAAAGCUCUAUUUAGUUUCUUUUUUA